AUGUCUCCUCCUUACCAGCUCUUCCGACCUCCGGACGGGAGCGGCUUGGGAUUGGAGUCUCAGCAUUGGGGCGUGGCGUACGUCCACCACAAGAACAUCGUCCAAGGAGACAUCGGCUGUCACGACAUGCUUCUGAAAGGCGAUGAGAUCAAGCUGUGCGACUUUGGGGUUCCUCAAUUCACGGAAGGCCAUCUAAAGCGGGCUACGAAUGCCGAUCUCAAUGUUGGGACGAUACUCAUAAGAACCCAUCCAUUCAAAGCGAACUAUUCGCAACCAUCUAUGAAAUCUAGAAGACAAUGCGGCCCUAUCAAGACGAGCCCGACGAGACGGUCAUACAAAAUUACAAACGCCGGUGCUUUCCAGACGUCCAAACCCUUCCAGUUGCUGAAAUCAUCACAAAUUACUGGCAUGGCACUUAUCGUUCGGCGAAUGCGGUCGUCGCUGGCCUUGAAUCACUUCGGAGUCAACGAAUGA